GUGAGUAUGAGGCCGGCAUUGCCAUCAGCAAGGCUACGUCACCACGGAUACGCUACAAACAGAGGAAGCCACAAGUGAGAGAUCUCAGAAGACUGUGAGAGACUUCGUGCAACACGCUUCGAUCGAAUACUUCGUCCUGAGUGACACGUCUCCGCCAGGGGAAGAGGACUCCCGACGAAUUCGAGAUCAUGGAGCCCCAUUACUUGGAGAACAUGGUCGGAGCCCUAGCAAAGGACCCAGUAUGGUUUGCUAUUUACGUUUCGGUGAUUCUUGUUAUGAUCUCGAUGUUGGUGGGGACGAAAACAAUCGUUCGCUUCACCAUACUGCUAUGUGUCCUGCCCACAUUGAGGUCGAUCAGACGCGGAGACGCCGACAUUUUCUGGGCGAGAUACUGGAUGAUUGUCGGUCUCGUCAGCAAUUUCGGGCUGCCGUCUUCUGUUCGAGCCGGAAUUUUCAUUUGGUGUUGCGCACCCCAUGCGGCUAAUGGCACCAAUGUCAUCUUCGCCCUGAUCUCCAAGUUCAUUCAAGCAUCUCUAUUCUGAGCUGAAAGGGUUUUCGACAUCACGGCUAGGCCGAAGACUGCCGGAGCGGGAGCCGUGGCAACGAUCGUUUUACCGAUUGUCGGCUGCAUGAUUGGACUGCCUUCGCAACACUGACUCGGUCCGAGUACCGUGUGUAUACAUUGACGAUUCCUAGUGACGACCAACAUUUUCCUAUCCGCUGAGUGAGCCAUGUAGAAUUCGAUCUUAAUUGGAUGACUUCGGCCCUUGUCUUGUCUUACCAAUCAUUCACAACCUCGGACAGAGCGGCCUUCAAUCGCCUUGUCAAUGCCGCACAUCGCACUGUGCAAUGGUAUGAAAAUGAAUAAAGAUCAUUCAUAGCAAUA